AUGUUUGCCACUACACCAUCAUCAUGGCACAUGUGGCACCAGGCACCAGACCAGCACGCUUCCCAGGAUAAUCCAGCCAGUAUAGCAUUGACUGCUGAUGGGAACUGUUGGAGAAUUCCAUGGCCAAAAGGUCACUUAGGGAUUGGAUUCAGGAUACUGGUGAUUAUUACACAUAUCUCCAUCGAGCAUCUUCCUUCCCAGCCUUUAGAUGCACCCCACGAUGUAGUUGUAUGGGGUUUCCUUGAGCAGGUCAACAAUCUUCAGCAUUACCCAUCAGUUGAUCAGAACAAGGAUGAUCAGCCUCCUCAAGAGGUCAUUGAGGCAUCUCAAAAGCAGAACCCUACUGGGUCUUUCAUCAAGCUUGCACAUGUGGAACAUAGCCCAUUCCAUGACUCACCUAUCCAAACCUAUCCUGUUGGCGAAAUGUUCUUCAGUUGGGUUUUGAUUUUGGUUUGA